AUGGCUAAACCAACCAGCUCCUCCUCAGACCAUAUUGAGACAAUCGCUCCACCGGAGAAAGAGCACCAUCGAGAGCUGGAAGAUAUCAACGCUAUUCCAUUGGGAUGGUUUAUAUGGGUGGUGGCCUUUACAGCCUCCAUAGCGGGCCUAUUGUUUGGAUAUGACACUGGCAUCAUCUCCGCAGUCCUGGUGUAUAUCGGAAACGACCUUGGAGGACGGGCUCCAACGCAUAGCGAAAAGGAACUGAUCACGUCGCUCUGUUCCGCGGGCGCUUUCUUCGGUGCCAUCUGUGCAGGUAUGACCGCCGAUAAGUUUGGCCGCAAGAACCCUAUCUAUGUCGGCUGCUUCCUGUUUACCAUAGGCGCCGCCCUCCAAGCAUCGGCCUACACUAUCGCCCAGAUGGCAGUAGGCCGCUUUGUUGUCGGUUUGGGUGUCGGCUCCGCGGCAAUGAUAGUGCCUCUUUAUGUCGCCGAGCUGGCCCCGGCGCAGGUCCGAGGUCGACUAAUUGGUUUGAACAACAUUUCUAUCACAGGCGGUCAGGUUCUCUCGUACGCGAUCGGCGCGGCAUUUGCCUCUGUUGAUAACGGCUGGCGGUAUAUGGUUGGUCUAGGUGGCGUCCCCUCAAUCAUCUUGGCUUGCUUGCUACCUUGGUGCCCUCAGUCUCCACGACAACUGGUUUACAAGGGGCGAGUGGAUGAAGCUAGGUCCGUACUCCGUAGGAUCUACGGACAGGCUACGGAGCACCAGAUCGAGAUCAUCCUGGGUUCGAUCCAAGAUGCAUGCAACGAGGCGCGUCGCCUGAACGAAAACGAAAGCAAGUGGGAUAAGAUCGUCCAGUUGCACCGUGUUCCCGCCAACUUCCGGGCAUUGUUCAGCGCCUGUGGGUUGAUGGUUAUGUCCCAAAUGUCGGGCUUUAACACUCUGAUGUACUACUCAUCUACGUUGUUCUCUAUGGUGGGGUUUGACCAGCCCGUGGCCGUGGGACUUAUUGUUGCCGCGCCAAAUCUUGCCAUGGCCUUUUUGAAUGUCCUACUCGUUGACCGUCUCGGUCGUCGUCGUCUCCUUCUCUACACCUCAUGGGGUAUGUGCGCUGGUCUAAUCGCCGUUGCAAUAGCAUUUGCCUUCCUCCCCGUCGAUACAGAAACCUUGGAAGUCCACACAGGCGGGACGUCGACCGAAGCCAUCGUUAUCCUGGUCUUUGUUCUAUGGUUUGUCCUCUUCUACGGCGUGUCAGUGGGCAACACCGCCUGGAUGAGCGCCGAUUUCUUCCCGCUCGAGGUGCGGUCUAUGGGGACGAUGUGGAUGACUUGUUCUACUUGGGUGAGCAAUGUCAUUGUUUCUAGCACCUUUCUCUCAAUGAUGCAAACCAUGACCCCAUCGGGUACCUUUGGUUUCUAUGCUGGUAUAUGUGGUCUUGGUUGGGUGUGGAUCUAUUUCUUCUAUCCUGAGGUAUCGGGUUUGCAGCUCGAGGAGAUUCGUGGAAUAUUCGAGAGGGGCUAUGGAAAAUCGAUGAGAAGUAGGAAGGCGCCGACUAUGGAGCUGGCUUGA